AUGGCUAGUGAAGAUGUAUCUGUACCAUGCCCAUCAGCGCAUAGACUGCCCACGGUCUCUGCAUCUCAAGCCCUUCAAACGCUACACACACGCGGCGCCCGCACCAUAUCGACAGGCAUCUCGCAGCUCGAUAAGCUCCUCGCCUCUCCCAGCUUGCCCGGCCAUCCCGUCGCUGGUGGGUAUACUCGAGGGAAAGUGACGGAGGUUUUUGGCCCAUCAGGAGUCGGGAAGACGGCAUUUGGAAUACAGGCUGCAGUCAACGCGUUGCGAGAAGGACAACAUGUUGUCUGGGUUGAUGCGGCCUGUCCACCGCUCGUCCCCUAUCGAUUUAGCCACGUGCUCUCUGCACUCAGCGACUCGCCAUCUGAACUAUCUCCAGAUGAACUGCGCAACCACUUCCGCCAUGUCGCCGCGACGACACUCGCACACCUUCUAGCCCUCUUCGUGCAUCCGCCUGCUUCGUUUCCCCAACCGAAAACGAGUCUCAUCGUUAUCGACUCCCUCUCUACACUCAUCGAAAAUGCCUAUCCCCGCAACAUGGAGAUCAAGAACAAGACCGACCAGUUGAAAUGGGCAGCGGGUCGCAGGUUCGCAGUCAUUAACGAGCUGAUAAAGACAUUUACCAAGUUUGCCGCGCUGCACGAUAUUGCGCUACUCAUCACUUGCCCGACCAUUUCUCGCAUUCGAGGCGGGAACAGGUCGCUUUUAGUCCCUGCAAUGUCCGGGAUCGAGUGGGAGAAUGGCAUCUCCACCCGACUGGUUCUGUUCAGAGACUGGAUACCACGACAAGGAAAGCCAAAUAAUACAAGAGAUGCUGACAAACUAAUCAAUGUUCGGUUUGCAGGUCUCGUAAAGGCCAACGGUGUAGCUCUUACCGAUGAGGGUGGCGUAGGCAGUGUAGUGCCGUUCACGAUUGACAACACUGGCCUCUGCGACAUCAGCAUAGCUGCAGAUGACAUCUCAGCUCCCCUCGCGCAGUCUAGACCCCCUAAGAGGUCUUUUGCAGAGAUUGAAGAGAACGAAGACGAGACGCCCAAAUCUGAUGAGCUUUAUGGUUGGGUGGAAGACGACGAAGUCGCCACUGAGGGACUUCUGAUAGACGAAACACAAGAUACCAACGACGUCGAAACUGUAGAGGCUCGACCGGAGCAUACCACGGAAAUCGCCUUGCGACAAAGUAGCAAAAUGGCACGAUUUACUACCAUAUAA